GUGACAUCUUUGAGCCUUACUACACUGGCCAGGUGAUUGAUGGGAUAGCCAUUGAGAAGUCACAGGAAAAGUUCACCCGAGCCAUCAUCAUCAUGACACUGCUGUCCAUAACAAGCGGUGUGUGUGCAGGUCUGAGGGGUGGUCUGUUCUCAGUCUGUAUGGCCAGACUGAACAUACGACUACGCAACCUCCUCUUCAAGUCUGUCACCCAACAAGAGAUAGGCUUCUUUGACAGCGUGAAAACAGGUGACAUCACAUCUCGGUUGACCUCUGACACAUCCACCAUGUCAGACAUGCUGUCCCUGAACCUGAACAUUUUCCUUCGGAGCUUCGUGAGAGGAGCAGGCACCCUCUUCUUCAUGUUCAAGUUGUCAUGGCAACUCACCAUCUUCACGUUAGUGAUUGUCCCUGUUGUUGCUGGUGUGUCCAAAAUCUAUGGAAAGUACUUUAAGAAAUUAUCCAAGGCUGUACAGGACUCCCUCGCCAGAGCAAACGAGGUAGCAGAGGAGACAGUUGCAUCUUUGAGGACAGUUCGCAGCUUUGCACAUGAGAAUGGGGAGUGUGACAGAUACAG